AUUUCAUCUGUUAUGUAGUUAAUUGUCAAAAAAAUAUGGAAAAUAAAAUCUCUCAGAUAAAACCGUCACCCCUCAGCAAAAUAAGCAUCGAAACUAAAAAAGUAACACCUCAUUAUUAACCCCUAUUCAAAUUUUGCUUCGACAAUUCGUUCGUUUUAAGUAAAAAUUUACCGUUUUGUUUUGACGUCGACAUAAUGCAACUGUAAUGGUGGUAAUAAGAAAAUGUUAGAAAUUUUCCAAAUGUUUUUGUUCUUGUUCAAGUCGAAAUACCGUCGAAAAUGCUCCUUGUGGCAAGCUUUGUGUUGUGUUGUUGUGUUUUUAAAUGUAUGCUCUCUUGUUAAGGCCAAAUGUGGGGAUUGUAGCGGUAAUGGGGUGUGUAAAAACGAGACUUGUGUGUGCUACGACGGCUGGCAGGGGCCCCAAUGCCAGUUUUGUGGGGGCAAAGUGCGUCUCGGGACUUCCACGGGGACCAUCCACGACGGCCUCGGCAACUACUCCCUCAGCGUGAAGUGCUCCUGGCUGAUCGACGCCCCCAACACCUCCAUCACCCUCCACCUGGAGGAGUUCGCCACGGAGUGCGGCUGGGACCACUUGUACAUCUUCGACGGGGACAGCGUGGAUUCGCCCCUUCUCGCAGUCUUCAGCGGUCUCAUGUACAAAAGCGACUACAGUAUUCGGCGAAUUCCUGAAAUUGUGGCUUAUUCGGGCUCCGCCCUCGUGCACUUUUUCAGCGACGAUGCUUUCAACAUGUCCGGUUUCAAUAUGACUUAUCGACUCAAUGCGUGCCCCUCGAAGAUUUCAGGAAUGGACUGCAGCGGUAAUGGGAUUUGUAUAGAUCAAGUGUGCACGUGCAAUGGGGGCUGGACGGGGGUGGCAUGCCAUCUGCAGAAAUGCCCCGAUAAUUGCGGGCAAAACGACGGGAGAGGGCAUUGCGAGCCGGAGGAUGGGUGUAGGUGUGAGAGUGACUACAAGGGGGAUGAUUGUAGUCAAUAUGCCCCCAAUGGGUAUUGGGAGACGGUCAAUGUGGAGAGUUUUGUGCCCCCAGGAUCGGCCUCGCAUGGGGCUGCUGUUUGGAGGGACUCCAUGUAUGUCAUCGCCGGUGAGAGCUACAGUCGCAGGUUCAUGCUCUAUGUAUACGACUUCAAUGGUAACGUAUGGGAGACACCUUACAUAUCUGAGAGCCCCUCGCAACGUUACGGCCACUCGACUGUCAUCUACGGCGAUAAAAUCUUCCUCUAUGGUGGUGUUUUGGGUAAUCGUGGUCCCACAUCCGAAGUAUGGGCCUUCGAUAUAAAUGCCAAAACUUGGGAGAAUAUAACUGUAAAAGCAGUGGCGUGCAAUUCGAGUGUUUUAAUGUGUGGCCCACUUAAAUCAGCUGGUCACACAGCCACCGUGAUUGAAAAUUCAACAAAUCGGAAAGCCGAUCGUAUGAUUGUUUUAUUUGGUCAUUCYCCKCAUUUGGGUUACUUAAACACAGUACAAGAGUAUUAUUUUGGUACCCGUGAAUGGCAUAUAGUCUCAACGAAAGGAUAUCCAGUCAAAGGUGGUUAUGGACACACAGCCAGCUGGGAUCCCUUAACAGGAAAAAUCUACGUUUAUGGUGGUGUUGUUUCGGAGAAUGAAUCAGCACAAGUUUUGAGUAAAAAUCUAUAUUCGUAUGAUCCAAAUAGUCGGAUUUGGGUGRUGUUGAAGGACGCGCCUUCGGCGCGUUUUCUACACACUUCGACUUUUAUCUCGGGGGGUUUAAUGCUUGUCUUUGGGGGAAAUACCCACAAUGAUACUUUGCARAGUUUCGGUGCWAAAUGUUACAGUUCGGAGUUUCUCGCCUAUGACGUCACAUGCGAUACAUGGCAAGUGUUACAAGUGCCAAAAGAUAUUCAUGCCGAUUUGGCACGAUUUGGUCAUUCGGCUGUCACUUUUGAGGAUUCGUUGUACAUUUAUGGCGGUUUUGAUGGUCAAAUGUUAUCAGAUAUGUUGAAAUACACUCCGGGAAAGUGUACGAGUUUUAUCACCUCCAAUGAGUGUUUGAGUAAAAAGCCCGGUGUUAAAUGUGUCUGGGAUAUGAGGAAUAAUUUCUGUAAAGCGAUUCAGAAUAUUCCGGUGAAGAAUUUAACAAUGCAAUUGGAUGGUUUGAUAAUCCGGUGUCCGGAAUUGAGUCGUACGAUGAUUACUCAAAGUUUGAUACAGAAUGAGAAUCGAUGUGAGAAGUUUGAGGAUUGUUUGAGUUGUGUUCAAACGACGAGUGAGUGUGUCUGGUGUGGCACCUCGUGUAUGCAUAAUAAGAAAUGUAGAAAUAGUUCAGAGGCGAAUAUUGCUAAGUUGGAACAAUGUCCACUUGAUCCUAGUCCGAUUUGUAAGCAAUUACAUACUUGCUCGGCUUGCACCUCGCAGCCUUUCUUGGCGGCGUGGAAUUUUAAUAGUGUGUUUUUUCCAGAUGAUUUAACAAUUGACUAUCAGUUCACUUUUAAUUUAUCGAAGAAGGAGGAUCGCCAUUUUACCCAGAUUAAUUUCCGUAAUUCCCCGAUUAAGGCCGAUAUUGAUGCUGAUUUUUCCAUAACUUGUUCCGUUCUUGCCAAAAUGAAUAUAACAAUACGGAGGGGUGGUUCAAAGGARGAGAAGCCGAUUUAUGAGGAUUUCAAUUGUACCACAUUUCGGACGAAAUUCCCUAAAUCUGAGUACAAUUUCGGUGUUGAGGAUAACAUAACCUUGACCACUUUCUACGUGUAUGUUUACGAUUUUCAGCCGCCGCUUUGGAUCCAAAUUUCGUUUUCUCAGUAUCCAAAAUUGAAUUUGCAGCAGUUUUUUAUCACAUUUUCGUCUUGUUUUCUUCUGUUGUUGCUUUUCGCUGCGAUUUUAUGGAAGAUCAAGCAGAGGUAUGAUAUGUAUCGUAGACGGCAGCGACUUUUUGUCGAGAUGGAGCAAAUGGCGUCGCGGCCAUUUUCUCAAGUUUUGGUCGAGGUGGAAGUGAAGGAAAGGCCCGAUUUUGAUAAUUCCGUGAUUGAUUUGAAGCGGAAAAAAAGGGAUGCCCCCAGUCCCAUUGCCUUGGAGCCUUGUUAUGGCAACAAAGCGGCCGUUUUGAGUCUUUUAGUGAGACUACCGACGGGGUGUGAGCCGUACACGGUCAAAGGUCAAUCGGCCGGUUUGGCGAUCGCUAGUGCGUUGGUCACGCUGGGGAAUCCCCGAAAAAUGAGCAUCGAUCAAGUGAAAACCGAGACGAAAAGUGGAAAAUCCCGGAAAUCCCAGAGUCAGCAUCCCGAUAGUUGUCUUUAGUUGGCUUCGGGUCGGUUUUUGUACUUAUUGACCCGAGCCCUAGUGAAAUUGUGAUACGUUUUCCAGGCCAAUUUUUUUAAUAGCAUUAAAUGACAACAAAUUGGAUUCAUUCAUUGUAAUCGGUGUUAUAUUCUUCUUCUCAAAGUAUUUUGAAGCAAUUUUAGCAAUAUGACUAACUGCUUGUUUUAAAUAGACUUGGUUUUGUGUGGUGAGCUUUUUUAAGACAUUUUAAUGAGAGACUGAACAUAUUUAUUGUUUUAUAUUGAUAUUUUUUCAUCUAGAUCUGUUGUUUUUUACGGUAAUGGGCUCGAAUUUUAUUUACUCAUGGAUCGACUAGUCCUUGAAUCAUUUAAUGCGGUCCUGAUCUCAUUACGUACUCUUUUACUCAAGUUUUAGAACAUGUGUCUGGUUUCAAUUUUUAUCAUAUACUCUUAGAUGCCACAUAUUUUAGUAUUUUCCAUUUUUAUUUACUGCCAUGUACCUACUAUAUUAUGUACAAUUAUUUCUAUUGUAAAUAAAUCAUUAGUUAUG